UUUUGUUGUGAAACCCGGGUAGGGAUGAGAGAAUAUGUUGAGUAGUUAGUAUCGUGCCAUCGACGAGAGGAACAAAAGAAAUCGAACCCAGGGAUUGCUUAUAAAAUGAUUAAUAAUUAAUUAAUUAAUGUGAUCAUGAUUGCAGGAUUUUGUGUGGUUGCCAUGGCGAUGUCCGGUGUGGUCCGAAGCCUCGGGUGGGCCUCGGCGCUGCUGCCGACUCUCCUGCUCUGUGAUGUCAUUUCCUGUGCACAGGCCAGCAAGAGUUUUGAGGAUGUACGCUGCAAGUGCAUCUGCCCCCCGUACAGGAACAUCAGCGGACACAUCUACAACAGGAACGUGUCCCAGAAGGACUGUAACUGCUUGCACGUGGUGGAGCCCAUGCCCGUUCCUGGACACGACGUGGAGGCCUACUGCCUGCUCUGCGAGUGCAAGUUUGAGGAGCGCAGCAGCAACACCAUUAAGGUGACCAUCAUCAUCUAUUUGUCGGUGGUCGGCUCCCUGCUGCUCUACAUGCUAUUCCUGCUGCUGGUCGACCCGUUCAUCCGCAAGCAGGAGCCCUACACACAACCGUUACAGAAUGAGGAGGACAGUGAGGAUGUGCGCUGUCAGGCCGGGGGUCUCCCGGGUCGGGGCAGCACGGUGCUGGAGCGGGUGGAGGGAGCGCAGCAGCGCUGGAAGAGGCAGGUUCAGGAACAGCGCAGAACCGUCUUCGACCGCCACAAGAUGCUCAGCUAACUGCCCUGUAACGACGACCGACUCUCGGUGUUCAGCUGAUGUUUCCCAAUGUUCCUAAUGUCGGCUCUCUGUCCUUGCAUGUUCCCGGGGGCUGAUCACUUCUCCACUGUUUACUGCUGAUUUACAUUAUUUACAUGACUCCAUAGCUCAGCAGACACUGGUGUCCACUGCGAUUUACUUUGCUUACAGUGUAAAACUAACCAGAUAAGGUGACCGGUGGGGUUCUUGCGCAGCAGCUUUCCCGGAAUCUCAGAUAGCGGGUUAUUUGAACCAUUCGGUGAACGCAGUUGACAGGUGGCAGUUCCUGUUCCUGUCCACUUUUGUCAAAAGUGAAGAAAAUGCAAUAAAAAUUAAACUGAUUAAAAAUCAAUAGACAUGAAAAUGUUUCUUGAACAAUAAAGCACCUG